UUUGUUCCGACAAGCUGUGGAAUCCGCCUGGAAAACGGGAGUCAAGCGCGGCCUCUGGCGCGGUUAUAAAGGGGGUGACUUGUGGGUCAUUGUAGCUUCUUGGGCGCUUUUAGGAGUGUUGCUGGAAAGAAACCCUGCAAAUAUCACAGACCAAGGAUUCAGGAAAUCAUUGACUUGGAUGAGAGGAGAUGGCUUUAAUGACCUAGCUGAGCGUCGUGCAAAGAAGAGCAGAAGAGAUUCAGCAGAGCAAACCAAGUCGUCCUAAAUAUCUAGGACGCCUAACCAUUGAUAGUAAAUGGAUACACCCCUUCAAUGCGCCACGGACCCUCGGAUCAUCUACUCUCGUCUAAGACUAGCUUAAUGUAUAAAAUGAGAUGCGCGAAGGUCAAACACCGGUAUUCUAUCACAUAAUUAACGAGAGGCUAUGCAAUAAACAGCAAUAUAGCAGAAACAACGCUGGAUACGAAUUCACUACACAUUCAAUGUCUAUCUUGAAAUGCCUCCCUAUACUUUUAUAUGUAUAUUUUGAGCUUUCCAAUUCUCCAAGUAGUAUGCCUCACCGUCUAGCUGGUUACGUUACUACUCAACCCGGUAGACCCUCCAUUCUUUUUGUAAAUACGAUUGCAGCCGCUUUGAAUACUGAGCUUUACCCAUCAGUAACUACCAGAAGCCCAGCCGUUGAAGGAUAUUGACUGAGUGUGCUAAACUUGUCUUCGGCUCGCUUGUUUCACUGUUCCUGACGGUCUGUCUCUUUUCAUCCCCAUUCCCGUGGUGCAUCCCGUAAUCAUUGAAAUAACCAAAGGCGCCAUCGCCUCCAUAAAAUUUCCUUUUAACUAGCGGUUUUGAGACUAUACACAGUCUUGAAGCAAUUGAGGAGGCGAAAUUCAAUAAUUUCAAAUCGAACAAAUGAGCGAAAAUUUCCUUCCUUCAAUGACAUUCGAAGACAUGCAAACGCGAAAGGGCCGACCAAGAUGAUACCGAAACAUAUGAUGCAUAGUCCCUAGGUCUUCAUAGACAGGAUGUGAGCGACAGCCCUUGAGUAACAGGUAACUAGUUUUCGAUUAAGAAAUCCAAUCCAGCGAUUUACGGAAGAUCUUCUCAGAGCGGGACUCGUUCAGCUAACUACUCCAGGGACUCAAUCAUGUGCAUAACUAGUUACAAGCUACAGACUUGUGUGCACAUAUAUGAAUACCCCCCAAGAUACCACAAAAAACUGCUCACUUUGUGCUUCAACAGUGUCCUGAUUAUCCGAAGACGGUGAAGAAGUUGCUCGACGGCCCUUGGCUAACCAGGGUAGAGUUAACUAAUAGAAUGAGCAAGCUUAAAAUAUAACCUCGUGUUGACUCUGUCAUGUUGGCAAACAUAAUCUUCUCUACAUCUCUAAUCACCGCUACCACGUCAGGUAUUGACUUGGAGAAGGCCUACGGUGCAAAUCGGAGAGUAAAUACCUGCAGGCUUCUCUCUUUUCAACCAAAAUGGAUGUUAAACCAGUUGCGGCAUGGGACCAGCUUGCCGAAGCCUGGGACAUGUUGAUGGGAACUCCAGGCAACGAUUACUACACCGCCGUCGAGCUGCCUGCAUUGGAACGCCUGGUACAGCCA